GAUUGGAGCGCCGGUCUCCUAAUCCUUGGGCUCGACUUUGACGCUGAAGUCCAAGGCGAGAGGCGCGGCACCGACGAGAGGGCCGAUCUCCUCGUCCUCGGGCUCGACCUCGACGUUGAGGUCGAAGGCGAAUGGCGCUGCAGCGAGGGGUGCGCCGGCUUCCACGACCGGUGGCGGCGAGUCGAAUCCAGGGACAGGACCGAAUCCCGGCGGCAUGAAGUGCUCCGGGUCCUCGUGACUUUGCGCCGGCGUCGGCGUCGGAAUAUCCAUGUACGCGUCCGGACCGUACCCCGGCGGGAACUCGUACUCUUCGAGUUCGGUGGACGGCGUCGGCGGGUUGAAGAUGGCGCCAUGGAAGUACGCUGGGUACGGCGGUGGUGCGAGGGCGGCGACGAAAUCAUCUUCUUCGCCGAGUAAUGGGGCCGCUGGCCCGCCGAGGAGCCAAUCCAUCGGCGGUAUCUGGAACGCCGGUUGCAGAGGAGCAGGCGGGCUUGGAGGUGCCGCUUGAAGACCGUGGGCAUUCAGAGCGACAGCCUGAGCACCGCGUCCAGUGCGAGGCGCGAAGGCCUGGCGUGGGUUGCCAUGGUGACGGCGGUUCCACACGAAGGGGCGACGACGGCCACCUAUUCCGGAGCGGUGGCGAAGGCCUCUGCCGUUGGUGCAACGACGGAAGACGGCCCCGCUGCCAUGGCGGCGGAAGAUGUUGCCGAAGCGACGAAGACGACGGCGACGGGCGAAGAACGGGCGGCGGUUCUCGCUUUGCAGGAAGCGAACAAACGCGGAUGCGAUGUCUGCGGUUUGGUACAGGUACUAGGGCCACUUCGAUGCUGAGUUUUCAAAGGACAAUUUCUUUCUGGAAAACAAAACUUUCUGAGUGGAAAGAAUUCAGGAAUACUACACCUAUAGGUAGAAUGGUAGUAAUGAGUGACAGCCAGCCUGCCAGUAGACGUGGGUGCAAUCAAGGAGUCUUUGAUUUGUUGAUUGGGUGUGUUUAGGACUGAUCUUGAUGAGACUUAACGAAGUCAUGUCUUAACUCAUAUGCCAUUUGAUUUUCAUGAAUAUUUGUGUAAUUUUUUUUGUUCGAUUACUUAAAUUUGUGAGAGUUAGAUGAGACUUUGUUAAAUCUCAUCUAGACAAGAAUUAGCAAAUCCGUUGUUGAUUAAUAAUAGUAUCUUUUGGAUUGCAAAA